AGCGACAUUCAGAAAAUUAAACAAUCACCAUCUGAAGCUUCAUACCACACGAUGUCUCUCCCACCAAAAUUCAAGGGCCAGAAAUUGGCCGCUGCAAAUAUAGACAACACCCCGCAUACCAUUGAGCUGUAUCUCGACUACGUUUGCCCGUUCUCUGCGAAGCUCUUCAACACAUUCUACACCUCCGUGAAACCAAUCAUCGCAAAAAGAUACAGCUCCAAUGUACAAGUAAUCUUCAAGCAGCAAAUCCAGCCAUGGCACCCAUCAUCCACCCUCGUCCACGAAGCUGGUGCUGCAGUCCUUAAAAUUGCGCCUGAGAAAUUUUGGGAAUUCAGUCAGGCCCUUUUCAAUAGCCAGAAGGAGUACUUUGACGAGAAAGUUGUCAAUGAGACUAGGAACGAAACAUACAAACGUCUUGCGGCGUUGGCAGCUACUGUCGGGGUGGACGAGAAGAAAGUUUUUGAUCUGCUUAUAAUCAAGGAAGCUGAUGAAGCUGCGAAUAAGGGAAAUGGGGUGACGAAUGAUAUGAAAUUGAUGGUCAAGGCAAAUCGCGUUAUAGGCGUGCAUGUCACUCCUACUGUCUUUUUCGACGUGAGUACUCCAUGAUCCCAAUGUCCGCGUGCGACGCCCAAUGGACGUCGCAGAUGAGAAAAUGAUACUAACCCGGCAUCAUCCGCGCAGGGUAUCGAAGAGAGAAGCAUCAGCAGCAGUUUCACUGCCGACCAGUGGGAUGAGUGGCUUCGCAAUAAUGUCGUUUGAAGACUAAUACAGAGUCACUUCCUGCCAAAAUUGUAAAAGCAGGUCGGGUGGUUCUGAGGAAAGAAAACAACAGGCUAGAUGCAAAAUAGCAAAUCAUUUCCACGUCUCGGCAAAGAAGAAAAAGAAAGCAAAGGCAUCCAUUGUAACCCCGAGUAUUAUCUCAAAUAAAUUUCAUUAAUUAAUUCG